AUGCGUCUCGCUCAUCGUCUCCUAAUGGCCACGCCGGCCUCGAUCGGCUCCAAGUCCAGUCUCACCGAGGCUCUGGCACUCCUCCCACCGCUGCAGUUGUACCGCCGGCUCCUCCGCGUCCAUCGCAAACUGGACCCCGAAAUGCGCGUCCUGGGUGAUUCCUACGUGAAGAAAGAGUUCCGAGCACACCGAACUGCAGAGAAUCCGCUGCAUAUUAUCGGAUUCUUGACUGAGUGGCAGCUCUAUGCUCAGAAGCUGGAGGGCGACAAUUGGACAGGGAGAAAUUGGAUAAGUCGAAAUCAACAACUUGGACAGCUAUUCGAACUGAUGCAGGCUAUUCGCAGCCCAGAGAAUGAUGGUGAAGGCGAGAAGCAAUAA